CAGUCGCCAUUUUGUUACUGCGAACGGCUGGCGUGGCGGUGGUGAAGAUAUGAAGUGAAAUGUGAAAUAAGGGACAAAGAAAAGAAAAUAGGGCGGCGGCUGAUUGAUUAAGUUUAUUGUGUCUGAGUGUCAAGCAGUAUUAACGUUGCAGUUGAUUAAAGCAUCGAUCACAACACACAUAACCAGGCACGGUAGUGGCACCAAUUCACGCGAUGGAGGCGCCGCCGCCGCCGCCGCCACCGCCCGAGGAGCGGCCGGCCGACGUGUGCCGCAACUACGUGUGGGGCACGUGCCGCAAGUAUGCGCAGUGCCGCUUCCGACACGAGCUCAACUUCGAGGAGAUGAAGACCAUCCUCAAGUUCUGCCACGACCACCAGAACAUGGAGACGUGUCCGCGCAAGGGCUGCACCUACCUGCACACGUCCAAGGAGGAGGAGAAGCUGUUCCUUGAGACGGGCGCGAUCCCCCGCGACCUGGCGGAGCGCCACGCCGCCAUGGCCGCGGCCGCGACCAGCCGGGGGCGCCGGCCGCCCGCCCCCGCCUGCCCGCGCGCCUUCGUGCCGCCGCCGCCGCCGCCCACCCCCGCGCCGCCCCCGCCACCGCCCGCCGCCCUGCCGCCGCCGCCGCCGCCUAUGCUGCCGCCGCCCGCACAGUACACUGAAGGGGCAUAUUAUGGCCCUGUCCCACACCCCACCUACACCGCAGCCAGCAACAACCCACCACCACCAAUACCUGGAUUUGAUGCCAGCCGGCCACCACCUAUAUUUCACAAUAUAGUAGGCAAGAGAAAAUCCUCUAAUGCAUAUGAAGCCACGCCGAGUAAGGCCGCGAAGGGAGCCCUCGCGCCCUGCGCUGAAUGUGCUCAGCUCAAGACAAGAGUUGUUGAGAGUAAACAACUCAUUGAACAAUCAAUAAACGAAGAAGCAGAUCGCAGUCUGCUGCUUAAAAAGAAGUUGGAAGACUAUGUGACGAGGAAACAGCUUCUUCUGGCGCUUGUGCCGCCAGACAAGGCGAGGGAGGUGGAAGCAUUUAUUGAGGGCACGCCCGUCGUGCAAAAGGAAGCCCACGCCCAGUGGGCGAACCAAACUACCAACAGAAUUUCAGGUACCGCCUCAGUGCCUCAUCAGAUCCUGGUCGUCCUGGGCACCAACAGCCUCGGCCCAGACAAGAAGUUCCAGAACAUGGACGAGACCACCCUGCUGGAGAGCCUCCGGCGCACGCUCCAGCAGCAGACGCAAGGGCAGGAGGACAUGUCGUCGCUGCUCAGCACCGUGGCCUCCGUCAUCACCACCAACACCUCGUCCACGGAGGUCGUGCAGGGGAUCCUUAACUACCCGCCACCGCAUGAAGUGAACAACGGGUACGCCCCGCGGCCCGCGCUGCCUACCUCCUACCCUCCGUUCCACCCGACGCUGCCGCCGCCCGCCUACCCCUCGCCGCCCGCCUACCCGUCGCCGCCCGCCGCCUACCCGCCCUCGCCUUACAACCAUCUGCCCCCGCGGCCGGACGGCAGCAUGAUGGCGGCGCUGCCCCCCUCGACCAUGGAGGUGUCCCACGGGUACGCGCCGCCCGGCGGCUUCCCACCCCCGAACCACACCAACCCGUCAUACCAGCCGGUCGCAUCCACGUCGGCGCAGCGGCCGCCCGCGCCUCCGCUGCCUCCGGCCAAGAACUACAACCAGUACACCUUCGGAGUGUGCCAGAACAUGUCCUCAUCCUACCACUACACCACGUAUCAGUAGCGUAUAAAAGUGUGGUGGGAGCAUCGCCGCGGGGACUCCUAGCGACUCCGGGCCCCGCCCUCUCUCCCGUCACGACACACACACACAAACACGUAGAUCUCAAUAUUUUGUAAGUGUUGGGCAACGAAGGUUCAAGUGGAAAAUGGUAUGACAAGGUUUAGAGCAGGGUUUUUACACGGACUUUGUGGAUAGCGGGUACGCUCCGAGAUGUUAUUUGGUUAAUGCGGUUGUGUGUUUUAUUACAUUAGCUUAAGGGGGCUUUGUGCCUGAACUUGGGUCAUUUGUAUAUGGGAUAUUUGUGUAAAUAGAUCCCCUUAGACACAACAUUUUAUUUUAAGCGAGUUUUAUUAUAAUAAUAAUGUGUAAUUCGUAGAUGUAAAAAUGAAUAUUGUACAUAGACAAUACAGACAUACAUUUGACUGGUUUCUGACAAUCUCUUCUGAUUGUAUAUUAAUUGCGGAUAUCAUCUCGGGACCUGGCUGUUAAGUAAGUAAAUAAAAGUUGUAACUAAUCUGUCUGGUAAGCAGAAGCUAAGAAAUGUACAUAUAAUAAUAUAUAUAUCGGUUAAUUUCCUGGUACCUAAGACAUAGGGAGACAUAAAAUUGCGUCCGUAUUGUCUUGAAAAGUUAAGAUUGUAAAGUUUCAUAAACUAUAAAAUAAAGAUGGGGCACGUACAAUGUGCCGGAUAUUGGCCGGUCGCUCGAUUGAAACUUGCUUGAAAGGAUUGACAUACUAAUCUCUCCAUUCCCCUUUGGUACAAAGAAUAUCAGCUCCAGAAAUUUGAUUGUCUGAUGCAGAGAAUCCUGGGCGGAUAUUACUAGCUGGUUGCUGAUCAAAUCUGUUGCAAGUUUACAUUAUAGUCUAGAGACAAAUGCGUAAUAACAGGAAGUUAUUCUUUGGUUAUUUCCGCACAGAAGACGAACUAAAAUAGGUUCCUUUUAUGCAUAUUUUAAAGGUAUAAGUGUAUGAGUACUUAUUUACUCAACAUUACGUAAUUCUCAAAUUUUAAUUAAUUAUUUGUAGAUACAAUAAACUGAUGAAUUUAAUUCAAUAUGACUCAAAGACAGUCGUAUAAAUAAUACCUAUGUAGGAAGAGAAGCAAUGUUAAGAACUUUGACUGAUGAUGGUAUAGAAAAUGUUAGCUGUAAAGACAGUAGUAUUUCUAUAUAGGUAGGAACCUGGAUUCGGAACUUUUAGGUGAUGAAUCGUCAGACUAUAUUUUAUUUGGCCCCACUUACUCUGAUAUCAUCGAAUAAAUAAAACUACCGUGCAAUUGUGGGGCCAAAUAAAACAUACAUUUUUUUUGUCCCAACUUCAAUUAAUCCCUCAAUAUAACGCUUGCGGAUAAAGAAAAAAAUAUGAAAUGGCCAACAUUUCAUUCUAUCGCUGGCUAAGGGUUCAUGCACAUUAUGUCGGGCGCAGCGGUCCGGAUCGCCAUCGUGUUUGAUAAGAUAAUGCAGCCCACUGUGCCCCGGCAUAGUCUGCGAUAGUUCAUCUAAAAUUUAUUGGUGUGACUUUUGGGAUACGGCCAGCCAUGCUGCGGUCCGACAUAAUGUGCUCGAACCUUAAUCGGAGGUAUGCCAUACCUGGAGAAUAGCAGCCAUUUUCAUGCAGUUUCUUUAUCUGUACGGGUUCUACCUAUUUAUUUAUUUUGACUUUUGGAGACGAUUUUCUGAGCAGAUUUGUAAAUAGUGUUGGGAUACCAAAUAUAAUUGUAUUUAAUGUAUGCCUUUUAGAUUUUAAGAGUUUUACUAUCAGUAGAGUAAGUUUAAAUGUUUAAUUUUGUAAGUAACUAAUAAUUCAUGAAUUCCAAUUUUGAAAUCAAAAUAAAGUCGUUCGAUGAAUAACCUAUUUAA